UUUCAAGCUUGGCAGUUUCCUGUCGCGCAUGCGCACUGCGUGUCGUCCGCGUAAGCUCAGGCUACUCAUGGCUGAUGACUUCACAGUCCUGAUCUUGUUUUUUCACGUAAUUUAAUUCACUUUCUAUUAUGAGUAGGCAGCUUUGGAAAGAUUUUUUGAUUGCUUAUAUGUCCAUGCCUUGUUUGUGGAAAGUUAGGUCCCCAGACUACAACAACAGAGUCAAGAAAAACCAGUGCUAUGCUAUAUUGGCAAAUAUGUGUCGCGAAUUCGAACCGACAGCAGACAGAGCUUUCGUACAAAGAAAGAUAAAUUCGUUUCGUACAACAUUUCGUAAGGAACACAGAAAAGUAACUGAAAGCAAAAUGUGUGCUACCGGAACAGCUGACGUACACAAGCCAACUUUGUGGUACUAUGACAUAUUGUUACCGACAGUUCUGCAAGGUUCCCCACGGUCCAUCCAGUCAACACUGGAAGAAGUCGAGUUGGCACAAGAUGACAUUAGUAAUUUCGAAGAUAGUGAAGCAGAUGCAGAGGCAUCCUCACUUCUUGAGGGAGAGGGGGGGCAUUAUCAAGAGUUUAAGCAGUUCAAAGAUGCCGGAAAUGAGUCGGAGGCCACUGCUUCUAUGCGUGGAAUUGCAGAUAAUGGUGUGGUAUCUUCAGUGUCUGCUCCACCUGCCCUUUCUUUGCGCACUGUGCUACCUACGGUAUGCACUAAGAGAAUGUGGCAAGAAUCAAAAAAUGAUGAGCUACAGAAGGUAGCAUGCGAGCAGCAGUCAUCACCCUUAAUGGAAAACGAUGAAUUUUACCACUUUGGAAUGAGCAUUGCUCUUAAAAUGCGUAAAAUGUCCAAUAUGAAUAAUAUGCAAUGUAUUAUUGCAGAAAAACUUAUCUCAGAGGUAAUAUUUCAUGGACAUAUGCAGGAUCUCACGUAUGACACAGUUAUUAAAAUUCCUGGGAAACAUGUAAAUUGACAUGGGUAUGCAGCAAUAUGAUGACUGAAUUUGCAGUCGUGUACACCAUGUUGUGAGCACUUUGAAGAAAUCUUUACACAUGGAAUUAUAUUUUAAAUAAAUAUUUUAUAACAAUGUAUUUCAUGUUCUUACCUUUAAAUAAUCAGUGUCAAGCAAUGAAUAUAUUGCAUGAUAGGUCUUGGAUACAGUCUGGCCAAAAGAGUGAAGUAAAAUAUUAUAAGGAUAUUUAAGAUCUUUGUAACUGCAUGUGGUAGCCAAAGUUUGAGUGUUGCUCUUAGUUCGUCAUUAUUAUUUGCAACUUGACUCUGCAUCGUGACUUCUCAGAAAGAGAUUGGAAAUUUCCAGGGUACUGCCUAUAAGAAUCUUGCUCCUGAAGUUGGUAAUUUCAGACGUUGUUAACAGAUUUAACCAGCUAUAAAAUGGCUGUUGAAUUUACUAGCUGUGCCUGAAUAAAACUCCGGUUGCCUUUUC